AACGCAUGUUACUGGGGAAAACGCCCCUCAGCACAGGUCAGGGCGCUCAGGCGCCGCAGGCACCCCGGGGCGGGCACAGGGGACGUGACGGGGACUUCAACGCUGGGCGGGGUUUCCCCGAAGCGCGGGGCUGGGAGUCCAGGGAGGCGGCGCGACCGGGCCGCUGCCGGAUUCGCGCUUUUCCCCGGCGGCGGAGGGACGUUCCUGCGCCCUGGUGGCCCGCGGGCGGCGCAGCCCGGCCUUUGGGUUUCGUUUGGCCGCAGCUCGGGCUGCCGGAGCCCGCCCCGCCUGCUAUGGACAACGGCGCCGUGUACAACCAGACCACCGAGCUGCAGCGCGAGCCGCAGAGCAAGCCCUGCGCCUGCGCCUGCACCCUCCACCGGCUCACCCUGCAGCGCCUGCUGCUCAAAGCGGCGCAAGCGCUGCUUUCCCUUUUGGCCUUCAUCCUUGAAGAAAUUGUGGAGAGUUGUAUCCUAUGUGGUGGGCUUUACUUCUUCGAGUUUAUAAGUUUCAGUGCCACCUUUCUGAGUAUCCUGAUACUGACUGUCUAUUGCACCUCUGCGUAUGAAAAAGUUGAGAAGGAUAAAUUAAUCAAAUUGGAUUUCUGGGUCACUACAGUAGUGGGAGUUCUCUUUUUUGUAGCUUCCAUUGUGUUUGCUGCAACCAGUGAUAAGUCAUCUGUUGAAACUGUUGCAAUUGUGUUUGGCUUUUUGGCAAGUAUAGGAUUUCUAGCUGAUGGUAUUCACUUUUUUAUGGAGAAUCGUAAAGUGAAGGAAAAUAAAGUGGAGAACACUGGCAACACACAGAACACACCAGAAAAUCAGCCGCUGAAUAACUAAAGCUAAACUUUAAAAAAGUCCUUUAAUUUCUAUGAGUUAAAUUAAUCAAGGUGAAAUACUUUAAUUUCCCUACUUAUUCCACUGCAUUGAAGGUAACUUUGUCUUCUCUCUCUUUUGCAUCUAUCCAGCUUUGUACAAGUCUGACCCUAUCAUAAGCUUUUAUAGACUCCUUACGUUUUUUAACAAUAGUAUGUGGAGCAUCAGGGUUUGUACAAUUCUCCAUCUAACUUGUCCUGACUAAUAAUUGUCAGAAGGACAUUCUAAAAGGAAGAAAUUGCCUCCAAAUAGAUUUUUUUUUAAUUUAAACAUAAAAUAGACAUCAGUAACUGAAAGCACUGAGACUUCUGAGAAGAAUGACUGUAGUACAAGGGAACUCAUCAGGCUUAAAUUCUGAGUUAUGUUUUAAAAAUAUUUAAAUUUUAUGUAAAUACAGCAGGCCAGAAUUAGAAAUCUGUUGCAUUAAUUCACACCUACCUAUGUAUAUGAUAUCCAGCUUCUUGCCUCUGAUACUAAGAAUGAAUUAGUACAAUAAAACUCUUUCCUUGUUUUAUCGGUUAAACUGUGAAUGUAAAAGGGAAACUAAAUUUUGCAAUCUCAUCAAGGUUUCUGUACCCAAAUGAGUCAUUCUUUACUUUGAUUUUAUCUUGUGUGUCUUACUCCGUACUUCUAGAUUCUGUUUUGUUUUGUCUCUCUGAAAGUCACUGCUCUUUUUUAAAGGCAGUCGGUAAAACAGAUACAGCUAGCUUGUGUGUGUUUGAUAGUCAAGUGGUGUAUCAUAGAGUGACUUUUGCACUCCAUAUUUGUGGAAGUUUAAAGCUGUAAGUGAUGCGUUCUUUAAAAAUAUCGUUAAAUCCAUUAAAGAAAGAAGAAAUUUGAAAAUUAAGAGGAAAGGUUAAGAGGCCAAUAUUUUCAGCCUAGAGGAAAGAAAACUGAGAGGAAACUAACUGCCUGUAAACAGCUAAAGGGAUAUAUUUUAAAAAAAGGGGACCAAUUAAUCCUUUCAGUUCACGAGGGCAGCACAAAAAGUAAUUAGCUUAAGCUUUGCCAGGGAAAGUUUUAACUUAAAAAUGAAAUAAUAAAACUUUGGCACUGUCCCAGUGCACAUCACACAUACUGUUAAUAACAUGUACAGUUUGUCCAUGUAAAAUUGAAGAUGAAUGGUCAUGAAAGUUGAUUAUUGUUUGUCCUUGCACCUACGUGCAACUCAGUUGGUGAAUGGAUAAAUAAGUAAGCAAGCAGUUGUAUAAACUUCUAGACUUAAGACAGCAGCCCAUGGGAUGAAAAGGGAAGCUAUUAGUGAGCAGUGGGUUAGGCACAAGCAGUGCAAGGAUGCAAAAGACCAGACAGGUUGAGUCACAUAUGCAAGGCAGUGGUGAAAAGGCAUUCUUCAGAUGGUUGAAGAGUGGUGUUUUUUUUUUUUGUUUUUUUUUUUUGCAGAUUGGGGUUUUUUUUCUGUGGAAGGGGAAAAUGAGAUUCUUACACCAAACUUCCAAGAGAGCAUGAGGUGCCCCAAAGUAGAUAUUUAACCAAAAAACCCCCCAAAACUCUGGUAUCUUAGAGGACUUGUUAUGUAAAAGUAGUUUGUUGUCUGACUUUUCAUGACACUUGCCGUGUCUUCCAUGAUUUGAGACUAUUAACAUCACUUUCCCAAAAUGUAUUAUGUCAAACCUACAGCCCUUUAAAUCAUUGAGGCAGCACUGAGACGAAACCCUCUAGGAACAGGUUGUCUUCUACUCUCGCCCUAUUUUGAGGACAGAGGAGUAGUAGUUAGAGAGUUAAAGUAUUGUAAGUGAAAUCAGAGGCUUUUUCUAAGGCUGCUACUUUCUGAUGAUCAAACAUAACAUGGUUGUAAUGGUGUCCCUUUGUUAAAUGUGUCAGCUCCUGAACAUUUGAACCUGUUUGUGAAGGAAAUCUGACACUAACACUACAUUUUGCUGAAUAUCAUCAAUCUUUGGCUCCAUCCUGUUUUGUUAAUUUCUCUGUGCAUGGUUUUGACUAAAUUUUUUUACUUUUUGCAUCAAAAGUGGCUAUAAGUCUUGAUUUUAAAUAUAAAUGUAAAAAUAAGCUUGUUGCAAUGAUAUCUAGAAUGACUUCCACCAAGAACCCUUUGUUGUUUUGUUAAAUUUUAUUUUCCCAGUGUGGGGGUUGGCCAUGCUUUCCCCAGCAUGAAAGUAUGUGAAGAGACUCCCCGUUGUCAAAAAACCAAUAUUUGUGCUUCCUCUGCAGCACUCAGCUCUUGGACAGAGCAGAGUCAAUUAACUCUCCAAUGCCCUUUAUAGAAUUAGAUAAAUUUGUGUUGGAAGAGGUGUGUUAAGUCAUCUCUCUGCCAUGGUUUCUUAUCUCUGUAAUAAUAAAGUGCAUUUGAUACUCACAUAGUAAAGUUAUAGGCACCAAUAGAAGAACCUAGAUACAUCCCAUGAUCUCAAAAUGCUUUACAAAGAGGGAAUAACUACUAAGUUCAUUUUUCAGAUGAAGAGACUGAAGUACAGAGAGGCCAAGUGAUUUUCUGUUAUAGGGAGUCAGUGCCAGAAGAGUGACUAGAACUCAAGUCUCCUGACUUACAGUCUUAUGAUCUUACCACUAAACCAUGCAAAAAUUGAGAUACUUGUGCACCUUUGUAGAGCACUUUGAGACCUUGAUAUAAGUAGAAAGUAGCAUUCAGUCCACCCCCUUGCUAUGUCGGGACUGUUCCCUGCAGCGUGUGUUCCUAGUGUGUUGUCCAGCAAUGGGGCUUCCACCACUCUCAACAACAAAUGGGUGACCCUCAUCUAGAUUUGAGUAUCAACUUAUUUCUUUCCGAAAUAAGAGACCAAAAAUGCCUUUUUCCAAUAGAAAGGGAUGAAAAACAUUUGUGAUCAACUAUGUCAUGAAAGGGGAAUGGAUAACGUUUGGAAACUAGUUAGCUCCACUUUCUAAUCCGCUAUGGGCAGUCUCUGGGAGGUGGCAGGCCCACGACCCUCAAAAGCACACCCAGUUUUUGUCAGACUUGCAGUCUCUCUUGUGUGGCAAUAGAGUGCUGCCACUAGACCAGCCUGGACUUGGGUUCAAGUGAGUUGAUGCACGUUGUCGUGGACGUACAGAACUGGAAUUACUGACUUAAAAUGAUGUGUGUGUGUAGUGGUGUUGGCAUAAGUUUUAUGAGCAUGAUGUUGGUCUAAAACUCUUCAUUUUUUGUUUAAAAAGACUUUUUGGGAUUACAACUCUUAUUUGAGUUUCUUUAAGUGAACCUAUGAAGACUGAGCAUGUAACUUUCUCAUAGAUAUUUGGAAGCAGUUUUUACAAACAACCAUAGAAACCAUAUAAAUAGAAGAGAGCUGAACGUAAGUCCUUCAGAGCCCAGCCACACUUGUACGUUGGCUGGAGUGAGAGACUUUAUUUCUGUAAAAAUGGUUUGGAAUUUUUUUCACACUCUAAAAAAAUAUCCUAUUUGAUGUUUUUUUUUGUCAGACUCCGCUCUUUGCUUUUUUUUUUUUUUUUUUUUAAAUUAGGCUUGGUCUCAAAAGUGGAGAGGGGCAGUUUUAAGCAGGAUUAAACGUUCCUGAAAAAAUUCUUGCUUCAUCAGUAAUAAAACCUGUGGAAGAGAGUAAUGGCUGUUGGCAGCCUACCUGUGCAUUGUGUCCUAUCUCCAAGAGAGGGUCAUCAGUAGUUGCAUAUGGGGUUAUGGGCCUGCUCCCAUCCCUGUUGAGAGACUUAAGCCUAUUGCAAUGGAUCCUUCUCAGACACCAGAAGCACCUGAUGAGUCUUUAUACCAGAUUCCUUGGUGACAAAGCUUUUAUCCUAUUUAUGCUUUCCAGGAAAUUGUUACUUAUUUUUAGACUCCAUAUUUAACGUACCUUAAAAUUACUAUAUCGACAGAAGAGAAAAGCAAGCAGUAUCCCUUGGAUACUAGAUAUCAAAAGUUGUUACUGUAUGUUACUGUGUCAACUCCAUUGUUAAGGAUAUUGGGUUACUGUAGGCUUCCACAAUUGUAUUUGGUUCCCUCCCCAACCUCCACCCCUUUCCCAAUUUCACCCUCCACACCUGGAAAGCAGUGAACUAUCUUGCACUAUUCCCAGAAUUCUGCCAAAGAUGUUUUGACAUAACACCACUUGCCAUCGUGUUGAUUUCAGUUCCAUUGAAAGCACAGAAACCAACUCGUACAAGAGAAAUACAAAACUUCCAGUAAAGGGAAACAUUUUGUGAGGUUCUUUAUAGAGUAUGUAUAACUGAUUGCCACAGCAAAUUAGCUUGAUAGUGCCCUAUUUAAGAUAUAAAAUGUACGUAUAAAAACACCUUUGAAUAUGUUCAUUUAUUGCUGUACAUGUGUAAUGUAUAUCUAGAUAACUUUUAACUGGCAAAUUUAAUUUGUAUUUUCAUUACUUUGAGAUUUAAGGAGGGUUUUUUUUAUGUUUACUGGGUUAGGAAAAUAUAAUGGUUGUAUAACUAUGUACAGUUCUUUGGCUUGUACUGCAAAUGCCUUGAAAUUCCAGUUGAAGUAUUUCAAAAUACUUCAAGAAUGUUCCAUUCUAAACCUGUGGCCUUUUAAAUGUGCUAUGGUUUUUUACUGGAUUUCUAAAAUAUUUUAAUAAUUUUAAAAAUUUUAAAUAAAAUAUUAGUAACUUG